AUGCUGGGAAGUGUUCGUGCUGCUAUGCCGCGUAUGAUGCCACGCACUGUGCCUGCGUACUCGCGUACGCUCCUGACCAAGAGUGAGCGUUGGACGCCUGCUUCGGUGCGCGAUGCUCAGAGCUUGCUUCAGGGCCCCAACGCCCUGGAGCUCUCCAAGGUCCUGCCAAACAUCGAAAACGUCUGGACCAAGAUGUCGCGUGAAGAGCAAUACUCUGUGUACAAGUUGCUUGAGGAGGCACAGCGUAAGGACUGGAAGGAGUUGACGCAGGAGGAAAAGCGCGGUGCGUAUUAUGUGGCAUACGGCGCCCAUGGCCCGCGUAAGAGCAUUGCCCAGCCGGGCUCUGCCAUGAAGAUCGUGUUUGGCACCCUCUUGGGUGUGAGCAUCGGUGUUGGAUGCUUCUAUGCCGUCCGCUCGCAGGCCCCACCGCCACCAAAGACGAUAAACCGUGAGUACCAGGAACAGAUGAAUGCUCGCGCCAAAGAGCACAGGGUGAACCCGAUCUACGGUGUCUCGAGCGAGGGCUACAAGGGCAAGGGCUACGUUACUGUGUAA